AUGACCGGAGGCAAAUCUGGAGGCAAGGCCAGUGGCAGCAAGAACGCGCAGUCUCGUUCGUCGAAGGCCGGCCUCGCGUUUCCCGUUGGUCGUGUCCACCGCCUGCUCCGCAAGGGCAACUAUGCCCAGCGUGUUGGUGCCGGUGCCCCUGUCUAUCUCGCUGCAGUCUUGGAGUAUCUCGCUGCUGAGAUUCUUGAGUUGGCUGGAAAUGCCGCUCGUGAUAACAAGAAGACUCGUAUUAUUCCCCGUCAUCUCCAACUUGCCAUCCGCAACGACGAGGAAUUGAACAAACUUCUGGGUCAUGUGACGAUUGCUCAAGGCGGUGUCCUGCCCAACAUCCACCAGAACCUUCUGCCCAAGAAGACCCCAAAGAGUGGAAAGGGCCCUAGCCAGGAGCUGUAA